AUGAGGAGAUAUAUCGCACAAUGGCAAGGUGCGCCUUUACCAGCACAAAGAUUAUUGCCAAUUAUAAUGCAAAGAAGUACGAGAAGUUGCAAAAUGGUUGUGGGAGGAAUGUUUGUUCCAUCAUUCGAAGGCUUUGCAACGCUUAUGAGUACGACUUUGUCGUACUUCACGGUACUCUGGUCCGUACAGAAAUAAUAGUUUUAAUAAUAAAACUUUAUAAUAUAUACUGUAGUCAACUUUAAAUUGGUAGAAAAAUAAC